AUGUCCUCGCCGCCCAACAACGGUGCGUCGACCAGCGACGACGCUUCUAAAGCUGUCAACAAAGCCAUUGCCAACAUUGACCUCGACGGACAUAACCUUCCUCCCUCUCCCGCACCGUCAAGCCCGGCCAAUGGCCGCCGCCGCUAUGCCCUGGCCACUGAGCUCGUCUACACCGACUCAAAGGACCAGUAUGGCGCUUCCAGCAUCCCUAUCUAUCAGUCGGCUACAUUCAAGCAGACGUCCUCUCAGGGCGGCAACGAGUACGACUACACACGGUCGGGCAACCCCACCCGCACACACCUCGAGCGGCACAUGGCCAAGAUCAUGAACGCCAACCGCGCUCUCGCCGUCGGCUCCGGCAUGGGUGCUCUAGAUGUCAUCACCAGAUUGCUGCGCCCUGGGGAUGAGGUCAUUACCGGCGAUGAUCUCUAUGGCGGCACCAACCGUCUCCUCACAUACCUGUCGUCCAACCAGGGUAUAGUGGUGCACCACGUCGACACCACAGAGGUGAACAAGGUCCUCGACGUCAUCUCGAGCAAGACCGCCAUGGUGCUCCUCGAAACCCCAACCAACCCUCUCAUCAAAAUUGUCGACAUGCCAGGCAUUGCCAAGGCUGUCCACGAAGCCAACCCUUCCGCCCUCGUCAUUGUGGACAACACUAUGCUCUCUCCAAUGCUCUGCAACCCCUUGGAGCUUGGCGCCGAUAUUGUCUACGAGUCUGGCACAAAGUACCUCUCUGGUCACCACGAUAUCAUGGCUGGUAUCAUCGCCUGCAACGAUCCUGCACUUGGUGACAAGAUGUAUUUCACAAUCAACUCCACCGGCUGCGGCUUGUCACCAAACGACUCAUUCUUGCUCAUGCGUGGUGUCAAGACGCUGGCUAUCCGCAUGGAAAAGCAGCAAGCGAAUGCCCAGCAGAUCGCCGAGUUCCUCGAGAAUCACGGGUUCCGCGUGCGAUACCCCGGCCUGAAGUCUCAUCCUCAAUAUGACCUGCACUGGUCCAUGGCACGUGGUGCCGGUGCUGUCCUGUCCUUUGAGACUGGUGAUAUUAAACUUUCUGAGAGGAUUGUGGAGGCUGCCAAGCUCUACGGUAUCUCUGUGAGCUUUGGCUGUGUCAACAGCUUGAUCAGCAUGCCCUGCAGGAUGAGCCAUGCUAGCAUUGACGCCAAGACGAGAGCAGAGCGGCAGCUGCCCGAAGAUAUCAUCAGACUUUGCAUUGGCAUUGAAGACGUAAACGACUUGAUUGAAGAUCUAUCCCGCUCGCUCGUUCAAGCCGGUGCUGUUACCAUAACCCUUGAUGGUUUCCAUGCCACAGGAACCGCUCAGGAGCUUGGCAACACCCCUCUCACCAUGGGAAGCUCCGCGACAACGACGCAAUCAUAA